GAUGGGAUGGGGACGUUUGCGGAUCGCCCGCAAGGUGCCGUGUGCUGCCAUCCAUGGGUGGUGACGUUUGGCGCAGGUUUCGCAUCGCUGCACAAUUUGAUGGCAUCUCAGAUCUGCCCUGUGCUGGGAAAUGGGACCGUCAGUGCCGGUCUAUGCAGGUUAAACCUUCUUUACAUCCUUUGGAUCUCAGCGAUGUUUGUGUGCUCGGCUUACCCAGUUGGCCCUUCCAUGAGCAGCAAUCCUUUUUAUUUGAAUUGCCAGCUGUAUGAAAAAUCUGAUUACUGCCUGGUGCUGCUGAAUAGCUGCUUAGCCAAGGUGGGCAGGAGCGAAGAGCUGGCUCUCCUAAAGCCUCCCUUCCUGGAGAUGCCUUUCAACAAACGGUCCUUCCGCAAUGGUGUGGGAUCAGGAAUUAAAAAAACUUCCUUUCGAAGAGCAAAGUCCUAAACAAAUGUUCCAAACCGUACCCUCGGUUUUAGCAUCCCAUGCCCAACUUUGUGCUUAAAAUCACCUCAAUGCUUUUUUCUGCUAAAACCGUCAGACACAAAUGUACCCAUGUCUUCAUCUUGUAAGCAGAUGUUUAUUUCAAAGAGCACAAGCCAAGUGGAGCAGAUGGAAGCGCUCAGAACGGGCUUUGUUUCUGGAGUUACAGUAUCAUAAAGUUUUGUAUGGAAAUGAAUGUUUUCAUUUGGUUAAUUCCCCUUCUUUGUAAAGCUACAGACUCAAUCAGCUGGCUCCUGAUUAGCACAAAGGCAGCCGUCCUGUCCCAACCCCUCUCAUUGCUGCCAGCUGCUGUGGCAGCGUUCACACAGAUCCCCAGGGUGUUUAAUUUCUCAUUUCUGAAAGGUGUGAAGGGCCACGGCUGAAACAGAGCCUGGUCCUGCUUGCAGCUUCUGCUUUCUUCGUAAUGUUGUUAUUUAACAUAACUUUUCUGGGAAAUAAUGUCUUUGGGUGUGUGAUCUCAUUUCCAGAGGAGUCCUGGGAAGUCAUGCUGAGGCAGGGUACCAGCAGCUCCCAUUGCCUCAACCAAUUGACUUGCGUAGGGAACACACGCCUGAUGAAUUGUGUUUCUGCUCAUGGCUGCAGGUGUGGCACAGUAACUAGCAAUGCUCUUAAUUCUCUCUAAAGAAUUUCAUAAAAGAUUCGUUUGGUCUGAAAACAUGUAAGCAUUCUGUGUAGGAAUGGUCAUCUGCUGUGUGAGGUUUCCCUCGUGGCUGUCUCCUCCAAAUGCAAUGUUCCAGGCUGUAACUUUGCUUUGAAAGCGUUGAAAGUUAUCUGUGCAGUGCAUUUUGAACUGAAAUUUAAAAUAAUAAUAAAUAAGUACGUGGACCCUUUCUAGUAUUUCCUUAUUAAAUAUCAGGUUGCUGUUCCAUCAGAAUAAGGCUGGGUGGCACAUCAGCCACUGCCAGCAGCUCCACUCCUCCAUUUUGCACCACGAGCCUGUGGAGCAAAGAGACCUGAGCAUGGAGCAGUGCAAGUGUUGCUUAAGUGUAUCAACAGAGAAUCACAGAAUGCCUGGGUUGGAAGGGACCUUUGAGUUCAUUGAGCUCCACACCCUGCUGUGUUCUGGGUGCCCCCCCAGCUCAGGCUGCCCAGGGCCCAUCCACCCAUGGCCACGGACACAUCCAGGGAUGGGCACCCACAGCUCUGGGCAGCAGUGCCAGCGCCUCGUUGCCCUUUGAGUAAAGGAAUUCUUCCUCACAUCUGACCUACAUUUCCCCUCUUCUAAUUUAAAACCGUUCCUCUCUGCCCAUAUCUGUACUGAAGUAGUGAAGCAUCACACAUUUACAACCUGCUUAAGCACUUUGACACCUUUUGCCCUUUCCCAUGCUGGCUGCUGUGAUUUCAGAGGCUGCAAAUGCC